AAGUUUACUCCCUGCCCGUGAUUCAGUCCGGUGUUUAUAAAUGAGUUGAUCUCUGUUUCUCUAGGCACACAUGUUCCAAAUUCUUUCGAUGUACAAUGCCCUUGAUACUAUCACCAUCUUCAUAUCCCUACCGCCUAGAUACCAUCGAACCCUGAUACUAGAGCAAACAUGCCAUUAGAAAGCCAGACUCCUCCGCCCAGUGACCAUACCAGAGAACCAUACAGCAUCUUUGAUAAAAGGCAGAAAUGGUUGAUCGUACUAAUUACCUCAACUGCUGCCACAUUUUCUGGCUUUGCGUCCAACAUCUACUUCCCUGCGCUCUCGACGAUUGCGCACGACUUGGAAGUCUCUCUAGAGCUCAUCAACCUUACCGUGACAUCUUACUUGAUUUUCCAGGGGAUUACGCCUAGCUUCUGGGGCCCACUCUCUGAUGCUAAAGGGCGUCGGAUUACCUAUUGUUUUACCUUUCUGGUGUUUCUGGGUGCAUGCGUCGGCUUGGCAGAAUCCAGGAAUUAUGCUACCGUCAUUGUGCUCCGGAGUCUUCAAAGCGCCGGUAGCGCCAGUACGAUAGCCAUCGGAGCAGCCGUCAUCGGAGACAUUACCACUCGCGAGGAACGUGGGGGCUUCAUGGGCGUGUUCCAAGCCGGAUUACUCGCCCCCGUUGCAAUUGGACCCGUCAUUGGAGGCGCUCUGACUACGCUGGGCUGGCGAGCCAUAUUCUGGUUCCUAACAACAUACAGCGCCGUAUUUCUUGUACUAUUGACCAUUCUCUUGCCGGAGACUCUUCGGUCGGCCGUGUCAAAUGGAAGUGUGCGCCCGUCCAAUCUCAUAGCCAGGUUUCCCCUAAUUAUAUAUCAAAAGACCACCAAAGUAGAGUUUAGCCCACAAACUGGACACGUCGCCAAAACAAAUCGUAUCGACUUGACAGGGCCAUUUCGUAUACUAUUCAGUAAACAAGCGGCCCCUAUAAUUGUCUUCCUCGGUAUAUAUUACGCUGUUUGGCAGAUGACGAUUACAGCCAUGUCCACCCUUUUCCAAAGCGACUACGAUCUUACCGAAACCCAAGUUGGGGUGACGUAUAUUGCUAAUGGAGUUGGGUCCAUAGUUGGAACUCUUAUCACGGGAAGAAUUCUAGAUGCAGAUUACCGCCGCGUGAAGGACAAGCACGAAUCACGCGCUCGUGAGGACGGUGCCGACAAUGCUACGUUUCCACUUGAGAAGGCUCGGCUGCGUCUCGUUCCUAUUUUCGCUGCUCUUCAGUGUGCUUCAGUUCUGAUUUUUGGCUGGACGAUCCAAUAUUCCAAGCGAGUACACAUCGCCGUGCCCAUCAUCACCACUUUUUUCACGGGCUGGGCACUUGUAUCGACACAAUCCGUGAUCAUGACAUAUAUGGUCGAUAUCUUCCCUGACCAGAAAGCCGCUGCGAGUGCUAGCAUGAACUUGGCUAGAUGUCUUCUCGCGGCGGGCGGCACUAGCAUUGUCAUGCCUCUCAUCAAUGCUGUCGGCUCGGGAUGGACCUUCACGAUCACUGUUGCAGCGUUGCUCGUCGCAUUGGUCGGAAUAGGCGUACAGUGGCAGUACGGUAAGAAGUGGAGGAUGGAAGCAGAAGCAAAGAAGAAGUUAGAGAAUACAAGGGCCCAUUGAAGGAGCGCAGAUUAUUUAAUGACCUACGUACGCUAGGUAACUAGGCUAGGGGACCCGGGAUUGUCACGGAAUACAAUUAGAGCUGUUAGAACAGCAUCUCCUCAACGCAUGACCAAAAUGGCUGUUACCAGGCUUCAUAUAGACGAGAUUAUUACUAAUUAUCAUAGAAAUCUAAAUAGACUAAUACAAUAAGUUAAUAUCA